AUGGCUGCAGCUCGUCAAGGCAUCGCUCAACUUCGUGAGCAGGUCGCUUCGCUAGUCGACCAGACUGGCUCGUUGAAACGGGACCACUCGAAGGUGGUCUCAGCCCUCGACCGCGGAGGUGUUCUUCGCAUCUCGAAACGGAAUCGUACUGUUAUUACGGGCGGAGAAGCUCAACGUAAAACGUAG